AUGGUGAUUUCCAGUAGCGACCAUUCUUCUAGCUCUUCUAAGGAAGAUUCCAAGACUCCCAGGCCAGAGAUAAAAAUUUCUACAUCGGAGGCGCGUGCCAAAAUAGAUCGGUCACUGAAAGAUGCUAAGGAGAUAAUAAAUGGUACGCCUCUCGAUUUUAUGAAGGUUGUUUGUGAUGGAUUUUUAAAGAGAGAAGCCAAGGAUGAGAAGCUGGCAACUUAUCAACAAAAACGGCGUCGACUUCAGCGGAAAAGGUUAGAAGUUGAGGAUGAAAUUCGGUCUCGUGCUGAUGGUGUAGCCUCUGAUUCAGACGCGAAAGUUGAAUCUGUCUGGGAACCUAUUGAACGCGAGGUUAAGCCAUAUCCACCUGGUAUGAGAGCUGAGCGAUUGGCUAAAGCAGAUUUCCGAGCUGAAUGUGAAGAAGAUGAACACUUAGACGCAAUGUAUGCUGAUCCUGAAGACCAAUUGAAAGGAGUCCUCAACGAAGAUUCUGAUGAUGAUUCCGAGGAAGAGCUUGAAGAAGAUUAUACGGAUGAUGAUCGCGAAGACGAUGAUGGAUACGAUGAACCUGAUGAUUAUUCUUGUUUGCAACCUUCCAGAGUAGUUGAUCAUUCAUUUUUCGUUGAAGCAGAUACUACCAUUUUCUUUUUUUUUGAGCAGCUUGACAGCAUAGAUAUUGCAUCAUGA